UUCAGAGAGGUUCAGACACUUGCCCGAGGUCACAUAGCUAGUCUCACGCUCCGCUCCUCCCGUCUUCCCUCUGCACCAUGGCUCCGGGCCCCUUCUCCUCGGCGCUCCCCUCGCCGCCACCUGCCGCCCUGCCCUUUCUGCUGCUGCUCUGGGCCGGGGCAUCCCGCGGGCAGCCCUGUCCUGGCCGCUGCAUCUGCCAGAACGUGGCGCCCACGCUGACCAUGCUGUGCGCCAAGACCGGCUUGCUCUUCGUGCCGCCGGCCAUCGACCGGCGCGUGGUGGAGCUGCGGCUCACCGACAACUUCAUCGCGGCCGUCCGCCGCAGAGACUUCGCCAACAUGACCAGCCUGGUGCACCUCACCCUAUCCCGUAAUACCAUCGGCCAGGUGGCCGCCGGCGCCUUCGCUGACCUCCGCGCCCUGCGCGCCCUGCACCUCGACAGCAACCGCCUGGCCGAGGUGCGGGGCGACCAACUCCGCGGCCUGGGCAACCUCCGCCACCUAAUCCUUGGCAACAACCAGAUCCGCCGGGUCGAGUCGGCCGCCUUAGACGCCUUCCUGUCCACCGUGGAGGACCUGGACCUGUCCUACAACAAUCUUGAGGCCCUGCCGUGGGAGGCCGUGGGCCAGAUGGUGAACCUGAACACCCUCACGCUGGACCACAAUCUCAUCGACCAUAUCGCUGAAGGUACCUUUGUGCAGCUGCACAAACUGGUUCGCCUGGACAUGACCUCCAACCGCCUCCAUAAACUGCCCCCCGACGGGCUCUUCCUGAGGUCCCAGGGCUCAGGGCCGAAGCCGCCCACGCCGCUCACGGUCAGCUUCGGCGGCAACCCGCUGCACUGCAACUGUGAGCUGCUGUGGCUGCGGCGGCUGACCCGAGAGGACGACCUGGAGACGUGCGCCACCCCCGAGCACCUCACCGACCGCUACUUCUGGUCCAUCCCCGAGGAGGAGUUCCUGUGUGAACCCCCGCUGAUUACGCGGCAGGCAGGGGGCCGGGCCUUGGUGGUGGAGGGCCAGGCGGUCAGCCUCCGGUGCCGCGCCGUGGGCGACCCUGAGCCCGUGGUCCACUGGGUCGCCCCCGAUGGGCGGUUGCUGGGGAACUCGAGCCGGACCCGGGUUCGGGGGGAUGGGACGCUGGAUGUGACCAUCACCACCUUAAGGGACAGUGGCACCUUCACGUGCAUUGCCUCUAACGCCGCCGGGGAAGCGACGGCUCCUGUGGAGGUGUGUGUGGUACCCCUGCCUCUGAUGGCGCCCCCGCCCGCUGCCCCGCCACCCCUCACCGAGCCUGGCUCCUCUGACAUCGCCACCCCCGGCCGACCUGGUGCCAACGAAUCGGCCACUGAGCGCCGGCUCGUGGCGGCCGAGCUCACCUCGAACUCGGUGCUUAUCCGCUGGCCGGCCCAGAGGCCCGUGCCUGGCAUCCGCAUGUAUCAGGUCCAGUACAACAGCUCCGCGGAUGACUCCCUUGUCUACAGGAUGAUCCCAUCCACCAGCCAGACCUUCCUGGUGAAUGAUCUGGCAGCAGGCCGCGCCUACGACCUGUGCGUGCUGGCAGUCUACGACGACGGGGCCACUGCACUGCCCGCCACGCGAGUGGUGGGCUGUGUGCAGUUUACCACUGCCGGAGAUCCCGCGCCCUGCCGCCCACUGAGGGCCCAUUUCCUGGGUGGCACCAUGAUCAUCGCCAUCGGGGGCGUCAUCGUCGCCUCGGUCCUGGUCUUCAUCGUUCUGCUCAUGAUCCGCUAUAAGGUCUACGGCGACGGAGAUGGCCGCCGCGUCAAGGGUACCUCCAGGUCGCCUCCGCGAGUCAGCCACGUGUGCUCUCAGACCAACGGCGCAGGCGCAUCGCAGGCCCCGCCCCCGCCGGCGGAAGACCGUUAUGAGGCGCUGCGCGAGGUGGCGUCCCCAGCUGCUGCCGCUUUGGCGGUCGAGGCGAAGGCCACCGCCGCCGAGAUGGCUUCCACGGAGCCGGAGGCCGUCCUCGGACGCUCCCUGGGCGGCUCAGCCACCUCGCUGUGCCUGCUGCCGUCUGAGGAAACCUCUGGGGAGGAGUCUCGGGCCGCGGCGGGCCCUCGGAGGAGCCGUUCCGGGGCUCUGGGGCCGCCAGCUUCGGCGCCCCCCACUCUAGCUCUGGUUCCUGGGGGGGCCCCGGCCCGGCCGAGGCCGCAGCAGCGCUAUUCGUUCGACGGGGACUACGGGGCGCUCUUCCAGAGCCACAGUUACCCGCGCCGCGCCCGGCGGACAAAGCGCCACCGGUCCACGCCGCACCUGGACGGGGCCGGAGGGGGCGCGGCCGGGGAGGACGGGGACCUGGGGCUGGGCUCCGCCAGGGCACGCCUGGCCUUUACCAGCACCGAGUGGAUGCUGGAGAGUACCGUGUGAGCGGCGGGCGGGCGCCGGGACGCCUGGGUGCCGCGGACAAACGCCCAGCCACCCGGACGCUGGGGCAGGACUCGGGGGAGAAAGCGCGGCGCGGGGAGACGCGCCCUUCUCCUCCCUUAAGGGGGCGAGGCUGCCUCGCCUGCUGCUCUUGGCUGCGCCCCCGGGCCCGGGGGAGCUAGGGGGCAGGCAGCCGGGCCCCCCUCCUCCAAGGACUCCUCGCCCCCUCCUGCCCCUCCCCCCGCGCGCUCGCGGACCUAGCUGGAGCCGGUGCCUUACACAGCGAAGCGCGGGGAGGGGCAGGGCCCCCCCGACACUGCAGCACUGAGACACGAGCCCCUUCCCCCCGCCCGGGACCCGGACCCGGGGCAGGGGCGAGGGGCCCAUUUCUUGUAUCUGGCUGGACUAGAUCCUAUUCUGUCCCGCGGCGGCCUCCAAAGCCCCCACCCCCACCCGAUUCACCUCCCUGGUCCCGUCGGGUCUGGCUUGGGGUCCCCCUCUCUCUGUUCCUUUCGUCUCCGUCCCACCCUCUGUCGUCUUUGUCUCCUGUCUCUGGCCUUCCCUAUCUCUCUCUCUCUUGUCGUCUCUUCUCCCUCCCAUAUCUCGUCCAGUCUCCCUAUCUCUCCUGAUUACCUCUUCCCACUACACACACUCCCGGGCAGGUCCCACCGGAAGGACCAGACUCUCCCCUAUCCCUUCCAAUUUCCCCAAAUAAAUCCCCACAUGAACAAGAUCCAAAACCAAAUCCUCCCCUCCCUGCCGGAGCCGGGACCCUCCGCCGCAGCAGAAUUAAAGUUUUUUCUGUGUCUGAGGCCGCUCUGGCUGACCUCUGUGUGUCUGU